UUCGUCCAUUUUUUUCACGAAAAGCACGCAGAAUGCCUUCUUUCCUCCCCCGCUGCGCUCCGCGCUUUCAUCGUUCGCUGUGCUCCGUGUGAGGACGCCGAGGGUUGACGCCGACGCGAAACACAGGACCGGGCGCCUCAGAGCUGCGCUCUAAAAGCACGGCUUGCACGGCGCAAGCCGCAGGCUGUUGCUUUCGCAUGUUGACGCGACGAAUCAUAGUCGUUCAAUGGCGCAGGUGUGCGAAGAUCUGCGGGGCGUGGCACGGGUGGACGGCGUCGACACCCAGGCGUUGCUCGAACAGUACGUGGAAAACCUGGUACCACUCGUCGUCAGGGAAAGCAUGGGCGACUGGCCCUCUUCGAUGCCAUCAUUUGCACUCACCAAUAUCACUGAGGCAUACCUGAAUGACGAGGAUCUGAAGGCGGCCGCCAUAUGCAACUUCCGCAGCAACCGGCGUCGGAUGGGCUUCGAUUCCUUUCUGCGCAGCUUCCCCACCGCUAGUGGCUGGUUCGCCCUUUGGGAGAACUGCGACCACUCGGGCCAGAAGCAUCUGCGCCAGUUCUACCGGCGGCCCUCGUUUCUUCCUCUGGCCGUCGAGCUGACGCGGCCGAACUGGGUCAUCGCGUCGCAGGGAUUCAGCGGGCGCCGCUUCAAGCAGCUCGAGUUCGAAUCUGGGAGCACCCUGGUGUGGCUGGCACAAGUCAAAGGCCUCGGCUACAUCCGUCUGACGCCAGAAGCCGUCUGCUCAGACAUAUGCCAAGAACUGGAACUGCUGCUCGAGGCACGAGAUAUACGUUGA